AGGAGGAGGGGAAGAGGAGGAGGAGGAGAAGAAGAAGAAAAAGAAGAAGAAGAAGAAGAAGAAGAAGAAGAGGAGGAGGAGGAGGGAGAAGAGGAGGAGGAGGCCAAACGGACACCAACUGAAACAAAAGUAUUUCCAAACCAGCACCCAACUCCACCUUGUGAGGCUCCCACAGCAUGGCUUCCGAGGAACUCUACGAGGUAGAGAGAAUUGUUGACAAGAGGAAAAACAAGAAAGGAAAAACAGAGUAUUUGGUGAGAUGGAAAGGAUACGACAGCGAAGAUGAUACUUGGGAGCCAGAACAGCACCUUGUCAAUUGUGAGGAAUAUAUACAUGAAUUUAACAGACGCCACAAUGAAAAGCAGAAAGAAAGCACAUUAACCAGGACAAACAGGACCUCUCCAAAUAAUGCCAGAAAACAAAUUUCUAGGUCUACCAAUAGUUCUUUUUCAAAGACAUCUUCUAAAUCUUUAGUUAUGACUAAAGAGCAUGAGUCAAAAAAUAGUCAACUUUUUUCUGCCACACAGAAGUUCCGGAAAAACAAUUCACCAUCGCUUUCUGGACGUAAAAAUAUGGACCUUGCAAAAUCAGGUAUUAAAAUCCUCGUGCCCAAAAGUCCAAUUAAGAGCCGGACAACAGUUGAUGGCUUCCAGAAUGAAAGCCCAGAUAAAAUGGACCAUAUAGAGCAAGAUCAAGAUGACUCUGUAGCACCAGAAGUAGCAGCAGAAAAACCUGUGGGAGCUUUGUUAGGACCUGGUGCAGAGCGUGCUAGGAUGGGGAGCCGACCAAGGAUACAUCCAUUAGUGCCACAAUUGCCAGUGCCAGUAACAGCCACAAUUCCAUCAGCAUUAACAAUAAAUGGAAAAGGUACACCCACCUUUAUGGAAGCAUUAGCAGCCAAUGGUACAACCAACAUCCAGACAUCUGUAACAGGAGUGACAGCCAGCAAACGAAGGUUUAUUGAUGACAGGAGAGAUCAACCCUUUGAUAAAAGGCUACGUUUCAGCGUGAGACAAACAGAGAGCGCGUACCGGUACAGAGACAUUGUUGUCAGGAAACAAGACGGAUUCACACACAUUUUACUAUCAACAAAAUCGUCUGAAAAUAAUUCAUUAAAUCCAGAGGUAAUGAAGGAAGUGCAAAGUGCACUGAACACAGCAGCUGCAGAUGACAGUAAACUUGUGCUGUUCAGUGCAGUUGGUAGCAUUUUCUGCUGUGGUCUUGAUUUUAUUUAUUUUAUACGACGUUUAACGGAUGAUAGAAAGAAGGAAAGCACUAAGAUGGCAGAAGCUAUUAGGAAUUUUGUGAAUACUUUUAUUCAGUUUAAGAAGCCUAUCAUUGUAGCAGUAAAUGGCCCAGCCAUUGGACUUGGAGCAUCUAUAUUGCCUCUGUGUGACGUGGUUUGGGCCAACGAGAAGGCCUGGUUUCAGACACCAUACACUACUUUUGGACAAAGUCCAGAUGGAUGUUCAUCCCUUACAUUCCCUCGGAUAAUGGGCCUGGCUUCUGCCAACGAAAUGUUGUUCAGUGGAAGGAAGUUGACGGCGCAGGAAGCUUGUGCCAAAGGACUCGUCUCCCAAGUGUUUUGGCCAGGAACGUUCACACAGGAAGUAAUGGUUCGAAUUAAAGAACUUGUCACAUGUAAUUCAGUUGUACUUGAAGAAUCCAAAGCUUUAGUACGUAACAUCAUGAAGGUGGACUUGGAACAAGCAAAUGAAAAGGAAUGUGAAGUUUUGAAGAAAAUCUGGGGCUCAGCACAAGGGAUGGACUCAAUGUUAAAAUAUCUGCAGAACAGAAUUGAUGAAUUCUGAUGAGAUGCCCAUGACACUGGAAUUGUAUUUCUUGGACAUCAGGGCAAGCAAAAUAUGCCCAUUUAAAAAACCCUUAUCUAAACUAACCCCUUGCUCAGCUUGGGAACAGGAGUGGACACACACCCCCCUCCCCUUUUAUUGUCAAGGGGUUUAAAAGUACUGUAUCUCUUAAAUUUGAACAAAACUCCUUUCUCCCUGAUUGUUACAUGCAGAUGUAUACACACACAAGUGUAUGUGUGUGCAUAUAUCUAUAUGUGUCUUUUAUAUAUAUAUAUCUAUAUAUUUAUAUAGAUAUAGAUAUAAAUGUAAUAUGUGUGAGAGUGUGUAUGUAGACACACACAAAGUAAAAAAUGAUAGAGUGCACUACCAAACAUCUCUUUAAAAGCUCUAGUUUUUGUUAUCUUUGGCUAGUACUGUAUCAAAUAGAGAAUGAAUUAAAAAGUGAAUGGUGUUGCAUUAUUUUCUGUGUGGCAGGGAAGUCUGGAGUAAUGCUUUUCUUUUUCAUGAGAAUACAGAAUUGAAACGGGUAUUAGCCAGCCCUUGCUUUCUCUGCCCAGUGAGUCAGCUUAGAGAAAAGGCAUUGUCUCAGAAGAAGGUUGAAAUACCUCAAGUAAUGAAACAUUCUAAAACGUUGGGGUAACUAAACCCUAUUAUGCUUAAAUCACACAUAUCCCCAAAAAGAGAGUGUGCUCAGGAUUAAUGCUAAGGAAACACUCUGUUAUUUUUGGGGGGAGGUAUAGGGGGGUGGGAGGAGGGGGCCGGAGUAUGUCUGAUUCUUAGCCAGACAGCAUGAAGAAACCACUGUCUCUUAGGGAAAGGGAAGAGGGAGAGCCAGAGGGAAAUGGAAGGGGGAAGGAAGAAAAAAAAACCAACACAAAAAAAGCUUGUUUUGCAGUAUUAGUGAAUCACUGAAUAUCUUAUAUAUGAAUAUCCUAAGUUAUAAGUUAGUUUUAGUGGCUUUUUAAAAAGCCUCUCUGGGUUGGUUUUGUUUUUUUGUUUUUUUUGUUGUUUUUUUUUUUUUGUUUUUGU